AUGGUUCCAGCAGUGGAAAGUGGAAUCUCCACCUCUUUCAAAAGCUCUGUUGGAAUUGGACGAAGUUCAAAGAAAACAAAGAGCUAGUGUGCAAUAAAGCGGCCACAGUGGUUUCAGCUGAGCUUCUUGACUAUAAAAAGGACGUUUAGCAGCAGCAGUGAAAAUAUUCAGUCCAGCAGAGAGUCAAAUAUGAGGGGUCUAGUGUUUCUGCUCUUGGUGGCUGUUGCCAGCGCUAAGGUCUUCGACCGCUGUGAAUGGGCCCGAGUGCUGAAGGCUAAUGGGAUGGAUGGCUACGGAGGCCACAGCCUGGCUAACUGGGUUUGUCUGAGCAAGUGGGAGUCGGAUUACAACACCAGGGCCACCAACUACAACACCGACGGAUCAACUGAUUACGGCAUCUUCCAGAUCAACAGCCGCUAUUGGUGUAAUAACGGCCAGGGCCCCACAUCGAAUGCCUGUAACAUCAGGUGCAGCGAGCUUCUGACUGAUGAUGUCAGUGUGGCGAUCAAUUGUGCCAAGCGCGUCGUUCAGGAUCCCAAUGGCAUCGGAGCCUGGGUGGCCUGGCGCCGUCACUGCGAGAACCGUGACCUGAGCUCCUUUGUGGCAGGAUGUGGUGUUUAAUCAACAUGUGGAACCAAGAAGCUGUCAUCGACAUCAUCAAAGUCUCCCAUCUUUGGAGUGAAAUGCAGAGAUACUGAAGCUACAGAUUAUUCUUUUCAAUACAGACACUUAAAAUAUUUGCUGUCUAAAUAAUUGAUGUAUUUAGUCUAUAUAAUUACGUAUUAUGUAUAAUUUACAUAAUAUCAAAAAUCGAAUCAGUGAAGAGAAAUGUGGUGAUUUCUGCUUGUGUCCGUUGUUGGACUCAUUUCAAAACCAGAUUCAAAUGUUAACUCUCUCUUAUGACAGUUGUUAAUUAAACAUGAAUGUAAAACAAUGAA